AGUGUGGGGUCUGUUUGCUUGUGUCUGUCAGCACGGAGGGAAGAAAUAGACUCAUGCCUCUGCUUGCCCCUGUCUCACACCCCCUGCCCUUUCUGCCUGCUCCACUCAUUCCUGCCUUUCUAUUGCCUCCUGUCUUUGGGUUCUGCCCCCUGCCAGCUCCACCCCCAGCCACCUCCUGUGCUGAAGGCAAUCUCUCCUGUCACUUCACUCUGCCCCACUCCCUGCCUGCUGCCCCCUCUGAGUCUCUGGGACUUCUCUCCCCACCGGCUGCUUCUCCCCUGUCCGUCUCCCCCUUUCCCUGUUGCCCCCCAUAUCCCUUACUUUAGGGAGUGUCUCCAUUGACCUCUCACUUUAGGGGGCAUUUUCUUCUCUCUUCUGUUUUGAACUUACCUCCCCUUUUCCCAGUUACCUCUGCACCCCCUAACUGCCCUUUCUCUCCCCCUAACCCCCCGCCCCCCCACACCCCCUUACAGACCAGUCCCAUAUUCUGCAGUCAGAACUUUCCGUGUGUUUCCGACCUCCUUGACUGCCUCCUUCCCCCUCCUCUUUCCCAUUACAAGGCCACACUGAAGGAUUUCCCUCAGGGUUACUUGGGUCAAAGGAAAAAUGCCUUCUGGGGGGUUCCAGCCCAUUGAAGGGGGGCAGCAGGUGGUUCGGUCUGGGGUGACCAAGACCCUCGUCCUGUCUGUCUUCACUGCCAUCUUGGGAUCCUUCCAGUUUGGAUAUAACAUUGGGGUUAUUAAUGCCCCCCAAAAGAUCAUAGAGCAAAGCUACAACGAGUCAUGGAUAAGUCGAAGUUCUUCUGGAUCCGCCUCUAUAGACCCGGGGCUCCUGCGCACUCUCUGGUCUCUCUCUGUCGCCAUUUUCUCCAUCGGUGGAAUGGUCUCCUCACUGUCUGUGGGGGUUGUGUCCCAGUGGCUGGGCCGGAAGCGGGCGAUGGUUAUCAACAACGUCUUUGCUUUCCUUGCCGGGAGUUUCAUGGGCCUCUCCCAGGUCUGUCAGUCGUAUGAGAUGAUGAUUGUGGGACGGUUUCUGAUUGGUGUAUAUUCAGGUCUGGCGUCUGGGUUGGUGCCAAUGUACGUGGGAGAAAUCUCUCCGACCCACCUACGCGGAGCCAUGGGGACCCUACAUCAGCUGUCUCUUGUCAUUGGCAUUCUGGUAGCUCAGGUGCUGGGACUGGAGCUGUUCCUGGGAACCAAUACAAGAUGGCCGGCGCUUUUCUGGGUGACUCUGAUCCCCGCGGCUCUUCAGUGUCUGAUGCUCCCGUUCUGCCCCGAGAGCCCCCGGUUCCUCUACAUUGUGUGCGAGCAGGAGGCACAGGCCAAGAAAAGCCUGCGGCGCCUCACUGGGCUCCCCGACGUUACGGACGACCUGUCGGACAUGAAGGAGGAGAAGAGGCAGAUGGACUCGGAGCCAAAGGUCUCCAUCCUGCAAAUCUUCCGCUCCCGCAACUACAGGCAGCCAAUCCUGGUGGCCAUCGUCCUGCAACUGUCCCAGCAACUGUCGGGCAUUAACGCUAUAUUCUAUUACUCCACGGAUAUUUUCUCUAAGGCGGGAGUGGAGCAGCCAAUCUAUGCCACGAUCGGCGCCGGAAUCGUCAACACAGCAUUUACUGUGGUAUCGUUAUUCCUAGUAGAGAGGGCGGGACGGCGCACACUGCAGCUCCUGGGAUUGGCUGGAAUGAUCGUUUGCGCAUUACUAAUGACGGCGGCGAUGGUGCUACAGGAGAGCGUGCCAUCUCUCAGCUAUCUCAGCAUGGCCGCCAUCUUUGGCUUUGUGGCCUUCUUUGAGAUUGGCCCUGGCCCAAUUCCAUGGUUCAUUGUGGCGGAGCUGUUUAGCCAGGGCCCCCGGCCGGCUGCCAUGGCGAUUGCAGGUUGUACCAACUGGACCUCAAACUUCAUCAUAGGAAUGGGCUUCCAGUACGUGGCGGAGCUGUGUGGCCCUUACGUGUUCCUGCUGUUCGGGGCCUUACUCUUCGCCUUCCUCAUCUUCACGUAUUUCCGGGUGCCGGAGACUCGGGGCCGAUCAUUCGAUGAGAUUUCCCACGCCUUCCGCAGGCGGAACCCGUCUCUGCUGGACCAUGAGGUGAAGGCCAGUACGGAGAUGGAGAGCCUGGGGGGCCCCGACGACGCAUAGGCCCAGCCUGGGGCGGAACAUUCAGGCACUGAGCCCUCGGAGCCACCGUACCUUCCUUACAGAGAAGGGACUGAGCGCUAAUGGGACUCACUUUCCUGCCUUUGUCCCCCCCAGGGGCAGUAUAUAUGUAUGAGGGUGGGGCCUGGGGUACAGUCAGGUAUAUAUUAUUAUUAUUUUAUGUACAUAUAUAUAUAUAUAUAUUAUUGUUAUUAUGUGUGCUUCUCACUAGUGCCAAAUAUAUCUGUUAUAUGAGGAAUAA